AUGUCAGCUCCUGCUUCACUUACCAUGAACCAAGCGUCUUCUACCUCAGCAAGUCUUCGAACCGACCUCGCACGCACAUUGGGCUUUCCCCACCAUCCGCACGAUGCCACCGCCGAACCGUACCUCCGUUACCUCACGAAUCGAUGCAUUGGCGGUUAUACAAUGGAGACGUAUAUCGAGCUUCUCAUCAUGGUGGUCAAAUACUUCGAUGGGGCCCCAGCUGAUACGUCAGAGAAGAAGAGUAUUCAGGGGUUGCUAGAUGUCAUAUCUUCAUCCCCCACUUACGCACAGCGGAACCGCGAAGACGUCGAGGAUACCGUGCUAUACAUUAUCGGCACCUUGACACUACUUCUGAGCUCGUUCAUCCAUCUGCCAAUGGCUGGUGGUCUUCGCAAGGUGACAGCUAGCUACAACCUGCGGACUCAUGGCAGCGCCUGUGGAACCCAAUGCUACGGAGAAGACGUGAGUGGAUUGGUGGUGGGCAGUGGCCUACUGCCAGUUCCCAUUCACUAUCUACCUCCCGACCACACAAUACGCAAAUACGGAUCGUUCCAGACUGCUGCAACGCCAUCGGUCUUCCCACGACCCUCUUCGGCAUCAUCUGCGACCAGACAGGUCGACAUUGGUGCGUCUACCUCUAUCUACACCGAUGACGACCUACAAAGACGCGUGUCGCUAGGCUUUCUGCACGACUUGGAUUCUCUGGAGUCGCUCACGAUUAACGCGACGCGGCUUAACGCCUACACAUUAAACGUUUUUGGAGCAGUAGACAUUGCGUGGACACACAAUAUCUCCAGACAUCUAUCACUAUCGAAACGUGAUGGACGGUAUACCCUCGAGAUCUUCAGCCUGCCGUGUGCGCUGAAUGCUACCUCUGUGAGGCAGAGCGGCGUCUCCACUGAGCUUGCUCAAGAGAUAAGGGAGACAUACAGCUUGCUGUUCAACGCCUUCCACAAGAUUCCUCGUCACGUAAAGCUCGCGCGAAAAGUAGGUAUCGGAUCUUUUUGCUGGUGCCGUUUUUGCUCGAUGCGACGACACCAGAAUCGUGCUAUCAUGAGCUACAAGACAUUCAGUAAGCACCGGACGCUGGGCGCAACCAGAGCUCAACGAACACACGACACCGAGUAUGACCCUCUGCUAGUCGAAUUGAUGAGCAGUGAGCCCUCUGACUGGACACCGGAUAUGUUCCCUCAUCUCUGGGCUCGUAUCGUUAUAUUGGAAGAGCAUCUCGAAGAAGCCAAACCUUGGAGCGUGUGGGUGUUAUUCCGUGAUCGCAGAGAUACUCUACAAUUCUGGACGUUUUUCUUUGCUACCAUUGUCGUAGACAAUAUGCAGCUUUCACCUGGCGCUACAAGCUAUCGUCAAAACAUACUAGACUAUGCCAAGCGUUCAUACACACGUACACUUUUCUUCGGGUACCAUUACAGGUUUCUUAGGGAGUUGUUUCGAGCGGACGAAACUCAUCUAACCAAGCAGUACCCCGAUCUCGAAGCAUACUAUCUCGCACAUAUAUCCGUCUAUGGACCUUCUACUGAUGGAUCCAAAGGAUGUCGACGACACAGCUUCAAGUACUCUCAGUUGGUGGACAUGGUGGCCUUUCCACCUGCUAACAAAGGCCAAGGGCAAGUCCUUUUUCUCAACGGGCACCUUCCGGGAUCCUGGGUGUGUGAAUUGGGUGCGAAGUACAACAUCGCGCCUGAAUUCUUUCGCCAGCACAUUCAUCUUUGGCGUUCCACCGACGGCCCCGUUCUUCAUGCCAUAACGAGGACCCCGCUGUCUACUUCCAACAAAGGGCUCUUGCUACGUCUCAACACUCAAGGCUAUUCCACAAAGAAAAGCCUCCUGUUAAAUCCCUUCAGUAGCUUCAUCUUACAAGCGCGACGAAGGCUUCUUCCUGAUGACGCGGAGUGGAUGCCGAGACGUUUGCCUGCAGCCCCUGGUGGUUCGUAUAUCCGAAGACAUGCGUAUCUCAGCAACCUCCAAUUCGUUAUCGAACAAGACAUAUCCAUAACUGUCGAGCGCAACGGGGAUGGUUGGACUGCAAUCUUAUGGACAGAUGUGGGAAGCAGAGACCUGUCUGAAAGUCGCGAAUACCAUCGAUUCAUAGAUGAUAUGACAGCGAAUACGGCUACAGGACACCGAGAUAUCCGCCUCUUGCCUGUUCACAUACUGGGAAUGGAGUCGGCCGUUCGACAUCCUUGGCCGCUGCCUUUGUUCGAACCUGAGAAUCCGCAAACCAUGGAUGGUUCUCUCGUUCAAACGGCCUCUCAUUUGCCAUCGGAGCUGCAUGUGAUGCUUGAUGAUCACGUCAUUGCUGGCCAAGAUCCACUAUAUGCCCUCGCGCCUGUACUCCUAUUCGCGGCUGCCUCGGAAAACCAACUACUAUCGGCUCUUCAGAGAUGGUAUGACAUCAUCGCAUCGACCACUUGGGAUCGGAAGUACUCAACUGAGCAUCUGGAGCAGCUCAUAUUGCACAAACACCUUUUAGAUGACCACGCAAAUCGACACGAAGAUGUCUUGCGCUUUAUCAAAUCACCCGUACUAGCUCGAUGGGCGAGUGCUCUUACACAAGACCAGCAUGCUGUAGCUCAGGAAUCCAAGGAUGCUGUCAAAGCCGACUUCGAGUUUCUUUUAUCACGAUAUCGCCAACUUUCGUUACACUACCAGGACGCGAUAACGAUAUUGGUUAGCGCUACUUCGCUCGCAGAGUCUCAGAAACAAAUUACUCUUGCUACGCAAGUCACGAAACUGACUAUCUUGGCGACCAUCUUCCUCCCACUGUCGUAUUGUACUUCGAUAUUCGGUAUGAACUUUGUUGAGCUAGAUCAAUUGAGCAUAUGGAUCUGGGUAGUUGUUACUGUGUCUGUCGGGCUCUCAACUCUUAUUGUGUAUCAAUGGAAUGAGCGGCAAGGACUGGGGGUGUUUUGGACUAUGGUAAUGACUAGAGUUUGGAAGAUGCGCUUGAGACGUAGUACCUCAACGACAGUGUAG